UGUUGAUCAAGGAAGCUGCUCUGGACAAGAGUAGACGAAGAAGAAUUUUACCCUGCCAUACCAAACAUGUCAGAACCAAAGAAGCGAAAGUUAGAAAGUGAGCAUCACUGCUCCCACUGAGUGCAAUGCCGUUCCUAAUUUAGCGGUGAUAAUGGAUGCAGGAGGAGAGGAGGACCAACAUUUUCUUUCAUCAAGUGAAAAAUCAUUUGAGUACAGUGAGAUUGCCGAUGCAGACGAAGAGGGUCUCUUCAACCAUUCGGACACGCUCACAAACAGACAGCGUGGAAAUGAAGUUAAUGUGCGGCCGGCGAAAUUAGACUCUCUGUCCAUACAUCAGUUGGCUGCCCAGGGUGAGGUCUUACAAGUAGCAGUACAACUAAGUAAAGAUAUCUCACUCCUGAGCAAACAAGACGAACGGGGCUUCACACCACUUAUGUGGGCAGCGGCGUUUGGAGAGAAAACAGUGGUGGACCUACUCUUGGAAAAGGGCGCGGACCCUGAAGUAGUUGCGAGGGACCGUGAAAGUGCGCUGACACUGGCUAGUUCCGGAGGCUACGUGGACAUCAUCGAGGCGCUCCUCAGACGUGGGGUUGAUGUCAACACCUAUGACUGGAAUGGAGGAACUCCGCUUCUGUAUGCCGUUCGAGGAAAUCACGUUAAAUGCGUCGAGGCGCUCUUGGCCAAAGGAGCCGACAUGACCACAGAGUCCGAUUCUGGUUACAGCGCAAUGGCCUUGGCUGUUGCCCUCGGAUACAAAAAGAUUCAGAAGGUUUUGGAGGACCAUAUUCUAAGACUCUACAAGCCAGCAUGCCGAUAAAUUACAGUGACACUGAGAGACUCCUUUUCUUUGUUUUUAUCCAAGGCAGUAUAAUGAACAAAAAUAUUUUUUUUGCCAACUGUGAAGCAAGAUUAUUUAGUUUGGCUGUAGAGCAGCAAGAAUGGAUAUAAACAACUUGAAAUAAACGUAUUUUUUUAUGCUGUG